GUACUGGGACAAAUAACCGAUAAAAUACAGUUAACUCUGUUCCAGGUGUACGUCUCAAAUUGAUCAUGACAUGCUCUCGUUGUGAGACAGCGGUCAGACUCUAACGUCGGCAGUUAAUUCGUGUUUUAUCCGUCCUUCCUGCCGUCAGCUAGCGCCCUAUCAUGUGGGUUUUCGGCUACGGUUCUCUCAUAUGGAAAGUGGAUUUUCCAUAUGAGGACAAAAUGAUUGGCUACAUAAAAGGCUUCAGCCGCCGGUUUUGGCAAGGCAGUACCGACCACCGGGGUGUACCGGGGAAGCCUGGCCGGGUGGUGACACUGGUGGAGGAUCCUGAGGGGUGCGUUUGGGGCGUUGCUUACAAGCUGCCGACGGGCCGGGAGCAGGAAGUGAAGAGUUACCUUGAUUACAGAGAAAAGAAUGGUUAUCAGGUCAUCUCGGUGACCUUUCACCCCCAUCCAACACUUUCUCCCCCUCCCAGCCAAAUGCUGCUCUACAUCGGAUCUCAGGACAAUCCGGACUACCUCGGCCCCGCCCCUCUGGAGGAGAUAGCCAACCAGAUCGUCGACUCUACCGGUCCAAGUGGGCAAAACACAGAGUACCUAUUUCAGCUGGCUGAUGCUGUGAGGACAAUUCUGCCCGAGGACUCAGACGCACACCUGUUUUCUCUGGAAAGUUUAGUGAGAGAAAGAAUACACAGCGGUCAAAAACACUCACACACUCAGAUGGGUUGAUUGCAAUUAGAUAAAUAAUAAAACGUGAUUAAUGAUAUAUCAUGCUCUGGAUUGUCAAACAAUCUUAAGGGUAUUUUUGUUAGUACACAUCUGUUACAAGUGUCACACUUCAAGUACAUUUCCACAUUUUGUCUCGUGCAGAAACACAAGAGAAAUAAUGUCUAUUUAAAACUACUUAAGACUAAUUUAAAACUACAUGUUGAAUGAUCACAAAACAUGCUUUGGAUGAACUACAUUUUCUCUUUGUACAAUAGAGAACAGAGCAAAUGAAUGUUUUGAAUUAAUAAAUAUAUUCUAAGUGAA